UCUCACAAACUAAUCACCACCGCCAUGAAAUUGGGAUCCUCCUUUUUCUUCGUCUAGCUCUGGGUUUCUUCGCUUCUUCUUUGCCGCAAAAAUCCCCCCCUCCAUCCCCAUGGUUUCCUUAAGUUUGCUUCUUCUCCCCCCGACGCUUCUCUCUCACUCUUCAUCUCCUUCUUCCUUUCCUGCUAAUUGUGCGAUUCACGGGAACAUUCAUUCGGUGACAAAACCCGUUCUCCCUGUAUCUUUAAAACUGCAUCGUUUGCCUGCUAACCAUGCGAACAGAAGCGCCGUUGUGAGAUCCGCUCUGGAUGAGGUGGCUGUACUCGACCCACCUCCUUUUUCUGAAAAUGACAAGGGCAAAACUGAGCUCAUUGCUUCUUUGAAGCUCAAAUUGCUGAGUAUUGUUUCCGGUCUGAACAGGGGCCUUGCUGCUAGUGAGGCUGAUCUACAGAAGGCAGACGAUGCUGCAAAGGAGCUUGAAGCUGCAGGAGGACUAGUAGAUCUCUCAAAUGAUAUUGAUAAGCUGCAAGGAAGAUGGAAGUUGAUAUAUAGCAGUGCAUUCUCAACUCGCACCUUGGGUGGAAGUCGUCCUGGACCUCCCACUGGAAGGCUGCUUCCUAUCACACUAGGCCAGGUCUUUCAACGGAUUGAUGUCUUAAGCACAGAUUUUGAUAAUAUAGUAGAACUUGAAUUAGGUGCUCCUUGGCCUUUGCCACCUGUUGAAGUGAUUGCCACAUUAGCCCACAAAUUUGAACUCAUAGGAUCUGCAAAGGUUAAAAUAACAUUCGAGAAAACAACUGUGAAGACAACAGGGAACUUGUCACAACUUCCCCCUUUAGAAAUUCCUCGAAUUCCUGAUGCAUUAAGGCCUCCAGACAAUCGUGGAAGUGGUGAAUUUGAAGUUACCUAUGUUGAUGCUGAUACCCGUAUCACUAGAGGAGAUAGAGGCGAGCUUAGAAUUUUUGUAAUUUCUUAACUGUUGGUCUCUCUCUCUCUCUCUCUCUCUCUCUGUAUAUCACAAGCAUUUGUGAAUCUCUGUAUAAAAAGGCAUUUGUAUCUCUCUCCCUCUUUCUCUCCGUAUAUCACAAAUCGUUUGUCAACCUCUGUAUAAAAGAGCAUUUGUCUA